UGUCAACCGGACUGUCACCCAAAGAAUAAGGAAGUGUUCCUCCCACUCGACUUUUGUUUUUGAGACUUGAAGUAGUUUGUCGCUUGUCAACACAAAACCGAUGACGGACAAGAAGAAGAAGAAGAAGAUAUCUGGAGUUUAAAGUCUUAUCCUGAGACUGAGAGGAGUCAUGGUGACACCGGGGAGACACAGCAAGCCCGCAGAGGGUCUGACAGGCGGGGAGGAGGGUGCGAAAACUCUGCGGCAGUUUCCUCCGUACGGCUCCAUGAACCGACACUCCUCUGGAGACAGCUGCCCCACAUGUCGAGGCACCGGGCGGAUUCCCAGAGGCCAGGAAGACCAGCUGGUGGCUGUAAUACCGUGUAAUGAUGUGAGGCUGAAACCCAGACGCACGAAGCUGACUGUGUGUGUCUCCAUGGGUUUAUGCCUUUUUGUAUGCUGCCUGAUCCUCUUCUUCCUCUUCCCUCGGAGUGUAACCCUGACGCCUGUGUCCGUGCAGUCAGUCAUGGUGUACUUCAGUCCAAAUAAAGUUCAGAUGGAGGUCACGAAUCUCAUGAAUAUCACCAACAACAACUUUGCAUCAGUUACGGUUGUCGACUUAACCAUCCAGAGUUUGGUCUCUGACAUCGUCGUUGGUAAAACCAGGAUAUCUAAUCUGACCACCCUCCAUGCCCGCACACAGAAAUCGUACACCUUUACAAUUGACCUGCCAAUCACUGAUGACGGCUUAAAUUUUUACUGCAAGUCGAGCACUAUCAAGAUUCACACUCUGUUUCUGGAGCUGCAAAUGACGAUGAACAUAUCUUACCUCUCUCACGUGGAGCAGGUGUCUCUGGACACCUUCGAAUACGUCGACUGUGGCAGGAAUUCGACGAUCCCGCAUCCUGUGAGAUGAUGAAAUCGAAGCGAAAGACUGAGAGUGUGAAGCGAUGAAUAUUCCGGCACCUUUAGCUCCUGUGUAUGCGAUGUGAAUGAUGACUACUGUGAAAAUGCAUAUUAUUAUAUUCUGUAUGUUGUUUUAGCAUACCUUGAAAUCAAUCACUACAAUGUAAUAUUUUUUAAAAAUCGAUGCUUUAAAUGCACUUUUAUGUUUUUUUUUUCUUAUUGUGUCUGUCAUGUCCUCAACGCAAAAUAGGAGAACUGUGUGUUUCUUUUUGAAGAUGUAAAUUUCUUUAAAAAUGUCACAACAUUUUUUGGCCUCACGUCACAUAUUGUGUAAAUAGGAUGUUAAUCUCUGAUCUGCUAAUCUUGUCGUGUCACUUGCACUUCAUUAAAUUGUGGUAUUUUA